AAAUGUAAAACUGGUCCAUUGGAUAUUGUCUUUGUGAUUGACAGCUCACGUAGUGUCCGGCCCUUUGAGUUUGAGACCAUGCGGCGCUUCAUGAUUGACAUCAUCCAUAAUUUGGAUGUAGGGCCUAAUGCCACACGGGUUGGGGUGAUUCAGUACUCCAGCCAAGUCCAGAAUGUCUUUUCUCUCAAGUCCUUCUUCACCAGAGCUGAAAUGGAGAAGGCUAUCAAUAGCAUUGUCCCCUUGGCUCAAGGCACAAUGACAGGCUUGGCCAUCCAAUAUGCCAUGAAUGUGGCCUUUACCAUACAGGACGGAGCCCGGCCACUUCAUAGGAAGAUUCCCCGGGUGGCUGUGAUUGUAACUGAUGGGCGGCCCCAGGACCGUGUGACUGAAGUGGCUGCUCAAGCACGAGCUGCUGGCAUUGAGAUCUAUGCUGUGGGUGUUCAGCGGGCAGACAUGAACUCUUUGAGGGCCAUGGCAUCUCCCCCACUGGAGGAACAUGUCUUCUUGGUGGAGUCCUUUGAUCUCAUCCAACAGUUUGGCAAGCAGUUCCAGGACAAGUUAUGUGUGAUCAAUUUCUGCAAUUUCAACAACCACAGUUGCCAGCAUGACUGUGUUAAUAUAGUUAAUGGAUAUUUUUGCCGGUGUCAUGAUGGCUUCACUUUGCAGGCAGAUGGCAAGACGUGCCAAGCCAAUGAUCUCUGCAAUAUUGUAGAGCAUGGAUGUGAAUUUAAAUGUCUCAGUACCUCUGGCUCUUACCGUUGUGUCUGCCCAGAAGGUCAACAACUGCAGGCAGAUAAGAAGACUUGUAACAAGUGCAAGGCUGGGCACAUUGAUUUGGUGAUGGUCAUCGAUGGCUCUAAGAGUGUCCGACCCCAGAAUUUUGAGCUGGUGAAACAGUUUGUCAAUCAGAUAGUGGAUUUCCUAGAUGUGUCCCCUCAAGGCACCCAUGUGGGGUUGGUCCAGUACUCUAGCCGAGUGCGCACUGAGUUCCCACUCAACAGAUUCACAGCAGCAGAUGAUGUUAAGGAAGCUGUUCAAAGAGUGCAGUACAUGGAAAAGGGCACCAUGACUGGCCUGGCCCUCAAGCACAUGGUGGAACACAGCUUCUCUGAGGCAGAGGGUGCCCGACCUCUUUCCCAGAACAUUCCCAGGAUUGGCCUGGUCUUUACUGAUGGACGUUCUCAAGAUGACAUCUCAGAAUGGGCUAGAAAAGGAAAGGAAUCAGGUAUCAUCAUGUUUGCAGUUGGUGUUGGUAAAGCUGUCGAGGAAGAGCUGAGAGAAAUUGCUUCUGAGCCAGUGGAUCAACAUUUUUCAUAUUCAGCAGAUUUUAACACCAUGACUCAUAUAGUUGACAAUCUCAAAUUCAAUAUCUGCCCAGAGGAGGGCACAGGAACAACUGAAAUCCGUAGCCCAUGUGAAUGUGCGGCUCUUGUACAGUUCCAGACAAACACUAUUGAAAUUCUACAAGAUCUCACCAAUAAAAUUGCUCAGAUGACUGCCAGACUCGAUCAUUUGGAAAACAAAAUUGCCAACAAAAAGUGAUUGUCAUGUAAAGAUACCCUAUGUUUUGGGCAAAGAAAUUUCCUGUACUUCAUCCUUGGCAUAUCAAGAGUGGUUGCAAUGAUUAUCUACUCAGGAUCUUGAGUGGAACUCUUUUUCCUCCAGAUUGUCUAAAUUAUAUAAAAAAAAACACUUUACAUUUUUCCCUUUUGGUAAGUUGAAUAGUUGAGACUGAACUCUAAAAAAAACUGACUGAAUUUUGGUAGGUGGACAUUUCAGAGAAGGAAAAGGAAGUGAAAUAUAUAGUGUCUUCAAGAGCUGCUGGGAUUAUUCAGUAAUUAUUGAUUUUUUUAAAGGAAUUUGAAGCAAACCCAGAAGUCUUGAUUUGCAAAAUGGGAGCAGGAAGCAAGACAUUCCUUCCUUGCUAAAUUAUAUUAUCAGGCUAUCUAUAGGAAGAAGAGACAGCAUCACUGUCUAAUGUCCCCCCCCCCCAAAAAAAGAAGAAGGUGUGAAUGAUUUUCUUACUAUCUUUCAUUGUGAACAAUUGAAAUUUCCUAAUAAACAGCUUUUCCUCUACAUCUGUUGAUACUACAAUUCCCAGAAUUCCCAGCUAGCAUCUUGUAAAUUUUAACAUAUCUUGAAGUGCCCAGGGGAGGGGAAUGCUUGAAUAAUACUUGCUUUUGAAAGAGGUUCUUUAUUUAAAUCAACAACUAAAAUGAGUUGGUUCAAAAAUUGAACAAACGAGUGAUUGGGAUAUUUCUUCACCUCUCUAGGCCCAACUUGACUUUGACAGAAUUGCUGGAGAAUUUGUCAUGAUUUCCCUUUUUAAAAAAAUCAGUGAAUUCUUUUAAAAGUUCAAUAUGUCUGCAUAUAUGUAUGUACCUUUGUUUCUAAGAGAGGGCAGGGAUAAUACUUUUUCUAAAUAAUUGUCCUUUUAUUAUAUGCAAAUU